AUCGCCCUCGACGACGACGAUGGGGGAAGCGGCGGCGUUUGCGCGGUUCCUACCUGGGCUGCGGAACUCCAACGCCGUGAUACGAACGAAGACGGCCAGGUCGCUAUGCAUCUACCUCGAGUCGGAGGCGCGGGACCUCCCCAUGGCGGACUACACGACCGUCGUGUCCGCCAUCAGUUCAUGCAUCACCGAGAUGGUGCUGGGGGCGGACAUCACGGACCGCACUGGAGGCAUCGUGGCCAUGGACCAUCUCGUGGACCUGUUCAUCGCAGACAACAACGACUCGAAGAUCGUCGAGUUCGCACACGCCCUCGUCAAAGUGUUUGAGAAGACGAGCAGCAACGAAUUGCCGACGUUGCGCGCGGCGGGCCGGGCUCUCGGGCACCUCGUCUCGUCUGGCGGGACGUCCCUCAUCGAGUUUGUCGAGGAAUAUCACAUGAAGCCGGCGUUGCAGUGGCUCGGCAACGAGAACUUCCAGGUCCGUCGGCAAGCCGCGGUCGUGAUCAUGCGGGAACUGGCCAUCAACGCGCCGGCCAUUCUGUUCCGGCACGUCGACACGUUCUUCGACGUGAUCUGGAAUGCAUUUGGAGACUCGAAGCAGCAGACGCGGGAAAGUGCGGCGGACGCGCUCCAAGCGUGCUUCUCUCUGCUCCAGGCCCGGGACAGCAACCGCAAGACGCAGUGGUACACCCGCACCUACGACGAGUGGCGGCGGGGGCUGGAGCGGGGGUCUCCCGAGUCGAUGCACGGCGCCUUUCUCAUCCUGAACGAGCUGCUUCGAAACUCGGGGGACUUUAUGUUUCCCAAUUUUGACAGGGUGGGUCAUCUCGUGCUCGGGUACCAGACGCACAAGUCGUCUGUGGUACGGCGCGCCGUGAUCAACCUGCUGCCGCGCCUGGCCAAGUUCAACUCGUCGACGUUUCUCGAAAAGUUCUACCGCCCUAGCAUGCAAUACCUGCUGGAAGUGGCGAGCCAGACCAACCCCCCGGCUAGCACAAGGGGGGAUGCGCUGCUGAGUAUUGGCAAGCUGAGUCUGGCUAUCGGCAGCCCCCUCAGCCGCGAUGAAAAGACGCUGGAAAACAUCACGCACUGCAUCAAGCUGGGGCUAAUAAGGAAGAAGGGCGAGAAGAAGGACGUGGAAACCCAGCGGGAAGCGCUCAGCUGUCUGCGCAUGCUGGCAGAAGCCACGUCGCUGGGCCGGAUCAACCUAGACUCGACCAUCCAGUGUGUGCUCAAGUGCGACCUGGACAGAAGUAUGAUCGAAACCCUCGCGACGCUGCUCAAGAGGCUGCCGGCCGAGAAGCCGCGCAUCCAGUCGGCCCUCUUUGAGCGGCUCAUGGAGCUGCUCGAAGUGAACACAUCCAAGAAGGAUAUGAUGGCCAUCUCGGCAUCGCCGAGCCGGCACCGCAGCAAGACGUUCAAUAACCUCACGGGCUCGGGAGGCAACAAGGUGCUCCAUCUGCUCUCGAACGCCAUCUCUGGCGGGUCCAAGCUCGAAUACUCGUCGUCGAUGCCGAUUUUGCACUCGGAGUCGAGCCAAACCAUCAUUGCAAUGCAAAUUCUGGCGCUGGACACGCUCUCAACGUUUGAUUUCCAGGGGAAUCCGCAUAUCCCGAUCCUCCAACGCGUGCAUUCGCAUGUAGUCAAGUACCUGGACCAUGAGAUCUCAAACGUCCGCAAAAGCGCCGCGAUCACGUGCUGCAAGCUGGUGCUGCCUCAAGAAGCCCCCCCCGACGACUUGUUUGCAGUCGCGGCCGUGCUGGAGAAGCUGCUUACAGUUGGCAUCGCCGACACGGAGGCCGAGAUCCGGUCCAAGGUGCUGGCGUCCCUCGAUGCGCGCUUCGACGGACUCCUCGGCCAGCCAGACAACCUCCGGGGGCUCUUCAUCGCCUUGAACGAUGAAGUACUAGACAUUCGAGAGUCCGCCAUGACCAUCUUGGGCCGUCUGAGCUUGCAUAACCCGUCGGCGGUCCUGCCGUCGCUCCGCCAGACACUGGUGCAGCUGCUAGCCGAACUCGAGUGCGCCAACGACAUCCGGGUCAAAGAGGAUGGCGCGGUGGUGCUCGGCCACUUUCUCAAAAGCGCCGGCAGCUUAACCAAGCCAUAUGUGUUCCCAAUCCUCAAAGUACUCAUGCAGAACCUCCGGGACGACGACCGGAGCCUGAAUAAGGCAGUCGCGGGUACGCUCGGCGAGCUCGCGGUCGUGGGCCAGGAUUUGCUCCUUCCCCACUUGCCCCAGUUGAUUCCAGAACUAGUCGCAGAGAUGAAAGAGAUGAAGAGCAGCACGGCUAACGUGGCCAAGAUGGUUGUGGUCGUGCGGACGCUGGGGCUACUUGUCGGCUCCACGGGGUACGUCACCCGACCGUACCAUGAAUAUCCCGAGAUUCUGGAGGGGUUGAGUGCGGCGCUACAGCGGUCGGGGGACGCUAACGCCAAGCUGCGCAUCGAAGCUGGGCGGACGCUCGGGAUUCUCGGCGCGCUCGAUCCGUUCAGCUUUAAGCUAUUUCAAUUGGAAAGACAAGGUCGAAGUUUAGGGUCCGGCCAAGUAGCGACCAAACAGCUGGAUCUGCAGCUCACGAAAGCGUUCAAGGGCCACGACUUAUUGUUUGGGCCGACAGUCAAGCGGGAACCUAGCAAGAAGAAGACGACCGCGGCGGUGACGACGACGACUGAGUUGGCCGAGAAGUUUGUGAUCCAGUGCAUAGCCCCAGAAGAGCUGCUGCCGUCCCUCGUCGCCGGCGACCAGUACUUCCCCGCCGUGGCAAUCAACGCCCUCAUCCGAAUCUUGAGCGAGCCGAGAAACUCGAUCCACUACCAAGGCACGAUCCUCGCCAUCAUGUACAUCUGCUCUGGGCUUGGCAAAAAGGUGGAGCCGCAGCUGCACCGGAUCGUACCGGCGUUCUUGGUGGCUUUGGAUGCAGUGAACACCGACCUCAAAGUAUUUGUACUGGACCAGUUGAGUGCGCUGGUGCGGCUCAUGGAGGACAAGAUCCAGCCGUAUCUCGACCACGCUGCCGUGGCGUACCUACUCCGCCAAUAUGGGAAGAAACACUUGGCGAAUGUACUCAAUCUCGUGCAAGAGGUGGCGUCAUGUCUGGGCGACGGCUUCCGCGUCUACUUGUCGGACGUAGUGCCCGAGCUCUUGGCGGUGAUCCGGGCUGAGCGAGACAACGCCCAUCAACGCCCUCACACUGGCUUGGUGCUCAAGACCAUCGUAACGCUGGGAAGACUUCUGGAUGGGUAUUUGCACCUGAUUCUGCCCGUGUUGGUCAAGCUUAUCCAGUCCAACGCUGACGUCCAGCCACGCAAACAGGCGCUGGGGACGCUGGGCUCGCUCGUACGAAGGCUCAAUGUGUCCAUGUUUGCAUCCAAGAUCAUCCAUAUGCUGGCGCGAAUCAUCAGCAGCAACGCCCAGAAUGACUUGGUGUAUUUGGCCAUGGACUGCCUCGUCGCUAUGAUGUACACCCUCGGCGAUGACUACGCGAUCUUUGUGCCAGUGGUCAACCAAGUACUCAACCGAUCGGCGCACUCUGGCGAAAUGUUUGAGAGGUAUGACCUGCUCGUGUCCAAAUUGCUCAAGUACCAAGCGUUGCCAGCGACUUCGUGGGCAACAGACCCGUCCAAGCAAAUGCAGCAGCAGCGGGAGAUCACCGUGUUAGACGAGAACGAGUCGUCCACCAAAGCCUUGCCAAUCAACCAAUUGCACCUGGUGAAAGCUUGGGAAACGACCCAGAAGAGCACCAAGGAUGACUGGCACGAGUGGAUGCGCGCCGUGUCUGUGGAACUUCUGCGCGAAUCGCCGUCGCCGGCCCUCCGCGCAUGCAAAGAACUGGCGUCCGUCUACCAACCGCUGGCCAAGGAGCUCUUCUACGCAUCCUUUUUCUCUGUAUGGCCCCAUCUGACGUCCCAUACCCAGGAGAACCUGCUGCGGACGCUCGAGACAGUACUCCAGGCGGCCAACUUGCCCAGCGAAAUCCUUCAAACGCUGCUCAAUUUGGCAGAGUUCAUGGAGCACUGCGACCAGACGGUGGACCGGUCGUCGCUGCCGCUGGACAUCCGGCUCCUGGGCACGAUGGCGGAGAAGUGCCACUCAUUCGCCAAGGCAUUGCAUUACAAGGAGCAGGAAUUUCAUGCGACACCGUCCGCCGCAGGUAUCGACGCGCUCAUUAGCAUCAACAACAAGCUCAACCAGUUCGAAGCCGCCGUGGGCAUUGUCACAUAUGCCCAGAUCCACCUCCCCAAGGUACCCGUGCAGGCAUCUUGGCAUGAAAAACUGCGACGGUGGGACGAUGGACUUGCCGCGCACGAGCACGUCCUCGCGCGGGACCCGACCAAUAUUGAAGCCAUGUUUGGCAAGAUGCGAUGCUUGUUUGCGAUUGGCCAGUGGCAGGCGCUGCAGGGGCACAUCGAAGCCACCUGGGCCAAGGUGUACCCCGUAGACGAUGACAUAGGCGCCAACCUGCUCGAUGUCCCGCCAGCGUUCAAGAAGGAACUGUGCAGCAGCGCCGCCCGUGUCGCAUGCACGCUGCAGCAGUGGGACCUCCUUCCCAAGUAUAUCAAUUCCGACAUGGACGAAACAGAGGCAUUUCUGUUCAAGUCUCUCACGUGUAUUCGUGCUCGGGAACUGGACGACGCCAAGCGGGCGAUUGAAGACUGCCGAGCUGUGCUAGACCCGACCAUCCAGACGUUUAUCAGCGAAAGCUACGCAAGGGCGUACAUGCCGUGCCUGGUGCAGCUUCAGAAUCUAGCCGAACUGGAAGAAGUCAUUAGCCAUCUCGACGGCGGCGGCGAUUUUGCGCGGCUCCAGCAGAUCUGGACCACGCGCCUUCUCGGAGUCGACAGAGAUAUCAAAGUGUGGCAGCAUUUGAUGCUCGUGAGGUCCUUGGUUCUGAACCCGAAAGACGACGUCCAUGUAUGGCUCAAAUAUGCGCGGCUGUGUCGGCAGAACGGCCAGCUGCACCUGGCGUUCAAUGCACUGGCUAACGUGGGGGCGGACGUACUGGCGCUGCAGCUGGCCGCGCACCCGAAUGUGCCGCUGCUAACCAACUUGGAGCAGCACAAUCCCCGCGUGGCAUUUGCCUAUCUCAAGCACUUGUGGGCUGACAACAAGGAAGAAAUCGCGCUCAAGCAACUGCAAUCGUUUAUUCACGUGCUAGAGCAAGACCAUACUAACGACUAUGUGUCCCUGCGUGUGCAAGCGUACACUCAAUUGGGCAAGUGGCAAAUGACUCUGAUGGAACCGAAAUUGCACCACGAAAUGCAGCGUUAUGACCAGGUAUUAGAGUGCUUGAAAACUGCGACGGUGCUCGACCCAACCAACUACAAGGCAUGGCAUGAGUGGGCUCUAAUGAACUUCCGCGCCGCCGAAGCCUCGAAAGAUGACAGCUACGUCACCAACGCCCUCGACGGCUUCUUCAACUCGAUCACAUUUGGCCAUUCCCGGUACGACGUGACCAAGGAUGUGCUGCGGUUGCUCACGCUCUGGUUCAACUAUGGCGGGCGGCUCGUCGAAGUGCACGACGCAGUGAGCGACGGGCUAGCCAAAGUGUCUAUCGAUACAUGGCUCGAGUUCAUUCCGCAGCUCAUUGCGCGGCUACAUUCGUCCCAGACCAACCAUUUACUCAACCAUCUGCUCACGCGUAUCGGGCACCACCACCCCCAAGCGCUGAUUUACCCGAUUACAGUCGCGUCCACGGCCGUCGGCGCCAAGCGCAAGGUCGCCGCCGAGGGGAUUCUGGCCGCCGUCAAGCGCCAUUCACCGCAACUCGUACAAGAAGCAGAGCUGGUUUCCCGCGAACUGAUCCGAGUGGCUAUCUUGUGGAAUGAACUGUGGCACGGCGCGUUAGAAGAAGCUUCCCGCCUCUACUUUGCCGUACAUGAUGUCCAAGCGAUGCUGAAUGAACUGGCGCCGCUGCAUGCCCAGCUGGAUAACCUCGGGGUUGGGGACGACGUGCCCACACUUCGAGAGAUUGCAUUUCACCAAGCUUUUGCCCGGGAUUUGCAGCAAGCCAAAGCGUGGACCGAUCUGUACCAACUGACCAACCAAACCGACGAUUUGAACCAGGCGUGGGAUAUCUAUUACAAUGUAUUCAACCGGAUCAAGAAGCAGAUUGCGAAUCUGAGCACUUUGGAGCUGGCUAACGUCGGCCCCAAGCUGCUCUCGGUGUCGUCGCUGAGCUUGGCUGUGCCGGGGACAUACAAGGCGGGGGUGCCCAUCAUCCGCAUCCAGUCAUUCGGGCCGCAAUUGACUGUAUUGACGUCCAAGCAGCGUCCGCGAAAGGUGGUUGUGAACGGCAGCAACGGCAAAGCGUACACGUUUCUGCUCAAGGGGCACGAAGAUCUGCGCCAGGAUGAGCGCGUGAUGCAACUGUUUGGUCUGAUCAACACUCUGUUGGCCAACGACAGCGAUACCCGCAAGCGGAACUUGGCCAUCGAGCGGUUCUCGGUCCUUCCGCUGAGCCACACAUCCGGCUUGAUUGGGUGGGUUGAGAACACGGAUACGCUGCACCAACUCAUCCGGGACUACCGCGAAAGCCGCAAAAUUCCGCUCAAUAUUGAGUACCGGCUCAUGGUGCAGAUGGCGCCCGACUAUGAAAAGCUGCCCAUAGCUCAAAAGCUAGAAGCGUACGAGAAUGCACUGAACGAGACGACGGGUCAGGACCUGUACAAGGUUCUGUGGCUCAAGUCGUUCAACGCAGAGAUGUGGCUCGAUCGCCGGCGGAAUUUUACCAGGAGUUUGGCCGUCAUGAGCAUGGCGGGGUAUAUUCUAGGGCUGGGGGACCGCCACCCCGGUAACUUGAUGCUGGACCGGAUCUCGGGUAAAAUGGUGCACAUUGACUUUGGAGAUUGCUUUGAUGUGGCCAUCGAGCGGGAAAAGUACCCUGAGACAGUCCCGUUCCGUCUCACGCGCAUGUUGACCCAGGCGAUGGAAGUGAGUGGGCUGGAAGGGACAUUCCGCCACACUUGCGAAGCCAGCAUGCGCGUACUGCGGGAGAACCGAGACAGCCUUAUGGCCAUAUUGGAAGCCUUCGUGCACGACCCUCUCAUCACGUGGCGGCUGCUGGCGCCGCACGCCGCGCCAUCGCAUGCGUACGCGGAAGAGGACAAGGCGGACAAGGAGGACGAGGUCAAGGGGCGGCGGUCGUCCGUCGACAGCCUCCUCAUCAUGGACGAUCUGACCUUCGAAGAGGACGAGUUCGACCUGAACGCCGCCGCGCUCAAGGAAGACGACGACGGCGGGAUGCAGCCGGAACAGCUCAAUGCUAAAGCGGUCAAGGUGAUCGAAUGCGUCAAGAAGAAGCUGAGAGGACGCGACUUUGACCAGGACAAUAAGCCCCUCAGCGUCCCCGCGCAAGUCGACCGCCUCAUCCAGCAGGCCACGGCGCACGAAAAUCUGUGUCAGUUGUACUAUGGGUGGUGUCCAUUUUGGUAAAGAUAUAGAGUGGGAAUCAUACUACUAUAUAUUAAUAGUAGCCCAUAUUAUUACUUCA